CCUCCCGCCGCGGUUGUGGGCGGGCGGACGGCGGCAGAGGAGGAGCCUGCUGCUCGGUCGUCGUGCGCCCGGGGCUGUGGAGGCUUGAGGAGCGGGGCGCCCGCGGCGGCCUAGCCAUGACGGCGGCGAUGAGGCAGAGGUUUGACCGGUUCCUGCACGAGAAGAACUGCAUGACCGCCGUGCUCGAACAGAUCGAGAGCAAAACCGGCGUCAACCGCACCUAUAUCGCCACCGCCAUCGUCGGGGCGGUCGCCGUGUACCUGGUGGUGGGCUACGGCGCGUCUCUGCUCUGCAACGUCAUCGGCUUCGGCUACCCCGCCUACGUGUCAAUCAAGGCAAUUGAAAGUCCCAACAAAGAUGAUGACACACAGUGGCUGACUUACUGGGUUGUGUAUGGCAUUUUCAGCAUAGUGGAAUUCUUCUCUGAUAUCUUUCUGUCCUGGUUCCCAUUCUACUACAUGCUAAAGUGUGGCUUCCUGUUGUGGUGCAUGGCUCCAAGUCCUUCUAACGGGGCAGAGUUUCUCUAUCAUCGAAUUAUCCGGCCUUUCUUCCUGAAGCACGAAGCUCAGCUUGACAGUGUUGUUAAAGACCUGAAAGACAAGGCUGCAGAGACUGCAGAUACCAUCACUAAAGAAGCCAAGAAAGCAACAGUGAACUUACUAGGUGAAGAAAAGAAGAGCACUUAAACUAUUAACUGGAUAAAGUUUUCCUACCACCUCCUUUAUGAAGCUUGAUGUUACUGGGAGCUGUGGUAUAAUUUUGAGAAUUUUGCCUUGGAAACGUUUUGAUAUAUUAAAGGAAUGUGUUAUAAGUUUGCUGACUACUUUGCUGUGUCUGUAUAGAAAGUAAGCAUUUUUAUUUAAAAGCAAUGCAGUGGGCAGCAUCUGAAGCUUAAUGACAAUAUUUUAUUCAUCUUCAUGCAGAAGAAAUCUUUUAGUAAUCUCUUUCUGCAGUAACAUAAAUAAAAAGUAUAUAACCCACAGGCUCUGCACUUUAGUUGUCUCUUUGCGUAUGUAAUUACUCUUAACACUUGACUGUGGUGCAUCUGGUGACAUGAAGAUAUUGUAUAAGGAAAAUACAGUCUGAACAGAUCUUGAAUAUACAGGGAAUUAUUGUAAGAGACGGCAUAAUGGAUGUAUUCCCCACCAAUAAAGUUGUAAAUGAUGAAAUUACAUGUUCUAGGCAUCUGAUGCUAGACAUUAUUUGCUGUUGCAUGUUUUGUUGUAACGCAGUAUUUGGUACAGUGUGUGUAUUCUUAAAUGGAUAGAUACUAAAUAUAGGGAAGAGUAACUUCAUUCAAGUGAUCAAGCUUAUAUUAGCGUGAAGUAAUUUGCCAGAAAUGGACACAUUAAAUUGCACAAGAUCAGCACAAGAUGACUAAAGUACAACUCCUUGCCUCUUCUUGCUAAAUAAAGUUGUCAUCUAAAAUUGUUAGUAGAGUGCCUUUUAAGAUCACACUCAAAAGCACAAACCACCUUCCACUAAGGAGCGAUACCGUUACGAUCACUUGGUCCUAAAGACCUGUUGAAAUAUUAACUGCCUUGGGUGUCAUUCCCCAGAACUACAUUGUUAAUGGGAUGGACUACAACCUCCAUGAGCUUUUUCUGCUCAUGAAAUCUGCAGUCUCUUCUGACUGUACUAAGAACAGCUUUGCAUGAGCACUGAAAGUUCACAAAUGGAGAUGCUGUUGUCGUUACUUGAUAUAUUCCUGACCAAUCAGUAAAAAUGCAACCAAAGUUGUUAAGAGACUAAAGGCCUUUUUGCAAUCAGUGAAAAAUAAUAAAUUUUUUAGAUCUCAACCUGUAUUUACUUUUUCACACCAGAGUAUUUUCAACAAAUUCAGCAUGAAUUACUGAAAUCUCCCUGCGCACAUCUCCAUGCUGAUGUUUCUUAAAGCCCACAGUAAAGGUAUGACAGUUCUUAACUUGUAGAACACACAGAAGAUAAGCUUAAGCUUUUGAUGUGAUAAAAAGUGAUUUCUGGUCCGCAAUAUUAGAUUCGAAAGAUUUAAUCUUAAAAUGGACUUUUGAAGACUUUUGGCUUUUUGCAACAAGUUGGUAUAUAAACAUUCACUGUAUAUUUUCAGAUGCAAGACCUUCAAAAGAGUGAAGCACAGCGGGUCAAUUUUAAAUUUGAGAGAUAGGUAUUAUGAGAAGAGACGUAAAAGUGUCUUAAGGGAAAGCAUUUUAAGCUUUAAACUGGAAAGCACAGCCCUUAGGGCUGUCAACAUGGGUAGGAAAGUGCAUCAUUUUCUGUAGGAUGGCACAUGGUUUUUCAUUUGAAGGAGAUAUCACAGCUAAUCAUUCCAUAACAACUUUUUGUUAUGAGUGGAUGUGCUGAAGGGGAUAAAGCUUACAGCAAAGUUGUAGAUGUGAGUGAAAAGUUUGAGGUGACAGACCAUUUAAGUGGUUUAAUUUCUUGUCUUCUCUUUCUCUGUCUUAAACUCACUGGCCUUUUCUGUAAGCCAGACUAAAUCCUAGUGCUGUGGUUUAAACACUAUCAACGGUGUACAGAGCAGUCAUGAGAUCAGUGUAUUUAGUUUCACCUCUUAAAACAAGAAGUAAUAAAUUAGAAUAAAGUUACUUAGUAGUCUAUUUGAUUUAGGUACAAAGUACUGCAUAACUUACUUCUCUAAAAGCUGCUGGUAAAUCUUAGAGUUUCCAAGUCUAAUGAGGUCUGUAGUAGAGACAGAACUUAUGUUUCAUUUCUCAUACUACUCAACAGUUCUUCCACUGUUAUUAAUGGGGAUAAAACAUUUCUAGUUAAGUGUUAAAACAUUCUCUAAGAGUGAUGUAACAGGCUUUAAAUCAACUUCCUGUCUUUACAACUUGCUGUUUCUUGACCAUCGGCUAAAUUCAGUGCUUCUUUUUGUCGGAUUUCUACUUGAAAUAAAACUACCGUCUGUUGUUAACAGAAUUUGAUCUUGUUUGCCUUGACGCAAGUAGGAAGAACUGAAUUUCUGCAGCAAGUUAUCCUUUCCUGCAAGUCACUCCACGGGGCUGGCCCCACAGAUCAGUGCUCUUCUCAAAGUCUUUCUUCACAGCAUUUACGUGCAAAUGUUGGUACACACAUCUACUCUGUGUCUGUGCUCAAGCUGUAAUGUGCUAAAUAAAAAAUGGACACAAAUAAAGAGAUUCUUACAGGA